AUGUACGCGCAGUGCGGCGAUCUACAAUCGGCGCGCGAGGUCUUUGAUUCCAUCCCGGAUCAAAAUCUCUACUCGUGGAACAUCCUCUUCUCUGGCUAUGCCCAAAACGGGCAUCUCGAUCUAGCAGUGGAAAUCUUCCACCACAUCCCGCGCAAGAACAUCGUCUCCUGGAAUGCGAUGCUCCAAGCGUUCGUCCAGGGCGAUCGAAUCCGCGAGGCCAGGGAUCUCUUCGAUCGGAUGCGCGAGCGCGACAUCGUCAGCUGGAAUUCGAUCGUCACAGGCUAUGCCCGGUUGGGGCAUCUGGGCGAGUGCUGCGAUCUCUUCCACCAGAUGCCCGAGAAGAACACGAUCUCCUGGAACGCAAUGGUAUCCGCCAGCGCCCAGAAUGGCCACGCCAAGCUCGCGCUAGGGUUCUUCCGGGCGAUGGAUCUCGAGGGCUUCCUCCCGGAUCGUGUCACUGCCGCGGGUGUGAUCAGCGCAUGCUCCUCGCUGGGGGAUCUCUGGGAGGGCCGAUCGAUCCACGAAUCCCUCGCAGCGGUUGGAUUGGAGCGCGAGGCCAUUGUCGUGACCUCGCUCGUCAAUUUCUACGGCAAAUGCGGGAGCUUGGAGGAGGUGGAGGCCCUCCUGCCGUGGAUGCCGUCCAACAACAUGGUGGGAUGGACGGCGGCGAUCACGGCGUACGGGCAUCACGGCUGGUUGCGGGAUGCGCGGGGCAUAUUCGACGCGCUGCCUGUCCGCGUGGCAGCCACGUGGAACGCCAUGCUGUCGGCAUAUGCCCAGAACGGGCAGCUAACGCAAGCCCUAGGCCUCUUCCGUGAGAUGGACUUGGACGGGGUACGCCCCAACGUCAUCACCAUCAUCGCGAUCCUUGACGCGUGUCUCAACGCCUCAGCACUCAACGAUGGGAUCCUUGUCCACGAAAGCAUCAAGUGUACGGACCUAGCGUCCGACCCGGCUGUCCGUACCGGCAUGCUCAACAUGUACGCUAAAUGCGGCAACCUCCGGCGGGCUGCUGACGUGUUCGCCGGAAUGUCCCGUCCCAACGUCGUGGCGUGGAACGCGAUCCUGUCGGCACAUACCCAGGCCGGCUGCAACGUGGCGGCCAUAGAACUCUUCCACGUCAUGCUUCUGGAAGGAAAUGUCCCCGACGGGAUCAGCUUCUUGAGCCUGCUGUCGGCAUGCAGCCACGCUGGUCGGCUGGAAGACGGCAUCGGUUACUUCGUGUCGCUCCAGCGGGACUUCGGGAUCGUGCCGGAGGUCAGCCUGUUUGGGUGCGUGGUGGAUUUGCUGGCGCGCGGGGGGUGGCUGGAGAUUUGCGAGGAGCUCAUCGAGACAAUGCCGGCGAGCGCGGAUGUGGUGGCGUGGAUCUCGCUCGUCGGCGGGUGUAAAGUCUUUGGGGAUUUCAAGCGCGCGGCCAGGGCGGCAGAGAGGGCGUUUGUGAUGGAUCCCGAGAACUCGGCGCCGUACAUGCUAUUGUCAAGCAUGUACGGCAGUGCCAGGAACAAGGAGGACGCGGAGGUGGCGCUCCGGGCCAUGGAAGCCGUCAAGCCAAAGAGCAUGCGCUCUUAA